CCGUCUGGGGGUGGGUUGCUCCUUCUUCUCGGACGGGACGUUGGCAGCCUCUCGAUUUGGGCUGGAGAGGGCUUCCCCCCUCUUUGGAAUUGGGGAGGGGAGAUGGGGGAGGCUCUCUCCACUGGCAGGGGCGGAGGAGGAGAGAGCAGCCAUCCAGGCAGAAGUCGAGCACAACUCCUCCGAAAGAGACGCAGCCAGGAGCUCCUUCCUCCCCAAACUUGCACGUCCAGCUGGGGGAAACAAAUCCCUCCUCAUACGGUAAAAUAAGCAAGGCCCAAUAAAAUAUAGAUCAUACUGAUUUUUGGAGUUGAAGAUGGAAGCACUACAUUUCAGGAUGAUCUUGGCACUGCUAGUAACUGGAUCUGUCCUCAGUGACCAUGCCGACAAUUCAAGUCUGAAUGACCCUGGAAAAGAUUCCUCUGGAAUGAGCAGAUCCCAACCUACCAGUAACUCCAACAGAACAGAAUGCCGUCAUAACGCCAGGCUUGAUGACACUUUCAAAUACAUCAAUACAGUAAUAUCCUGUGCAGUCUUCAUCAUUGGGAUUGUUGGAAAUGUAACUUUGCUACAGAUUAUCUACAAGAACAAGUGCAUGAGGAAUGGCCCCAAUGCACUGAUAGCUAGCCUGGCAAUGGGAGACCUCAUCUAUAUCAUCAUAGAUAUUCCCAUCAAUGUAUAUAAGCUUCAUGCUCAGUGGCCUUUCGGGAUGUCAGCUAUGGGAAGAUUUCUUUGCGUUUGUUUCCCUUUUAUUCAGAAGGCAUCCGUGGGAAUCACCGUACUUAAUCUCUGUGCUCUAAGUGUGGACAGAUACCGAGCAGUAGCUUCCUGGAGUCGAGUUCAGGGAAUUGGAGUCCCUUUGAUCACAGCUAUUGAAAUUGCUGUCAUUUGGAUUCUUUCUUUUAUCCUGGCAAUCCCAGAAGCUAUCGUCUUUACUAUGAUAAAGUUUAAUUACAAGGGAAAGGACCUUAUUACCUGCAUGAUGAUACCCAAUACUGAUUUUUCGAAAUUUUAUAUCAAAGUAAAGGACUGGUGGCUCUUUGGCUUCUAUUUUAUUAUGCCGCUUGUGUGCACCGCAUUCUUUUACACCCUGAUGACCUGUGAAAUGUUAAACAGGAGAAAGAGUAAUUUGAGGAUAGCUCUCAGUGAACAUCUUAAGCAGCGACGAGAAGUUGCAAAGACAGUUUUCUGUUUAGUUCUGAUUUUUACCCUUUGCUGGAUUCCUCUCCAUUUGAGCCGGAUUUUGAAGUUAAUGUUGUAUGAUGAAAAGGACCCUAACAGAUGUGAAUUACUCAGCUUUUUGUUGACAUUGGAUUAUAUUGGCUUGAAUCUAGCUACUAUAAAUUCCUGCAUAAACCCAAUAGCACUCUAUUUAGUGAGCAAGAAGUUCAAAAACUGCUUCCAGUCAUGCCUCUGGUGUAUCUGCUACCCGAACGGAAGCCAAACAUCAUCUGUUCCUAUGAAUGGAACUAGCAUCCAGGGGAAAAACAAUGAACUCAACAAUCACAACACAGAGCGAAGCAUCCACAAGGACAGCUUAAACUGAGAAUUGACAGAAAUUGCACUUCAGCAUUUGUGAAAGGACAGGAAGCAUGAAGGUUAUCUAAUAUUCAGUGAACCUCUGCGUUUUGGAAGUUCUGUGCCUUAGCACUUAAUUCCAAAUAUCAAAUUGACUGGGUAUACAUACAUGAAGCUUCCAAAGAUUUCCACAUGACGGCAUGGAAGUUUUCUUUUGUUACUACAAUUUUUUUUCUGCCAAAA